AUGGAGCGUGGCACCGGCGGUGGUGGCCAACAUCAACAUCACCCGCAGCAGCAUCAGCAGCAGCCACAACACCACCAGCAGCAGGCCUACUACCAUCCGCACGGACACGCCACCUUUAUGACAGCCGCCUCCGACGAACAUAUCGGUAAAUCGUCAUUCGACAAUCCGGCCACCAAAAAGAAACCACCCAAACUGAAGGCCAUCAAUCGUUCCAUAUCGAUGGCCAUUGACAACUAUGAUGGUCCGGGUGGCGGCGGACCGUUAAUGUUGGACGAUUCCUCACUGAUUGUCGAACAGCCGAUCAUACAUCGAUCUGCUUCGCCGGUUGCCUUACGCUCAGCACCACCACCUCAAACACUGGCCCUGCCUCAGGGCUCUAUGCACGGCAGUUUUGGUGGCAGCGGCGCGGUAUCACCAGCUUUGUCUUCACGCAAACACCAUUCGCAGCACAGUUUUGCCCAAAUGGCGGCCCAGGCCCGCCAGUUCAGCCAGCAACAGUCCCACUCCAGUUCGACCAGUUCGCCCAUUGGCCAUGGGGCCGUCAGUCCGCUGCAACAACAACACCAACAUUCCCAACAUCAGCCCGACAUUUAUCUGGUUAGCAGUAGUAGCCUGGUGGACGAUGUCGGUGGCCGUAUGGGCGGCUCCUCGGCCUCGCCCAUACAGUUCAUCGACGACUAUCUGUUGCCACCGUCACAUCGUCAGCAGCAGCAUCAGCAACAACAACAGCAUGCCACACACCCUUUGAAAAAAUCUCAAUUUCGUCGAUCUGACACAAUCGAUAUACAUCCGGCUUCUACUUUUCAGAUGAAGAAGACGCAUUCGUUUCAUGCGCCGCACGACCCCUCGGAGGCCAUCAUGGAUCCGCUGCUUCUGAGUGCCGGCGGCCAGCCCACCUCCGCCUCGUCGUCGCGUCGCACCAGCUCGGUGCGGGGGAAUUUCCUAAUGCCCGGCCACGCGGGCACCAAAGAACUGAGUCGCUCUCCCUCGCCCAGUCGGAGGGGGGCGAAAUCGCAUCGAUCCCUGCACGAUCCCCAGCGUCGGCCCAGUGCCAAACCGGAAUCGAUAAUCGAUUCUCAGAUACGCCACCCUUCGUUGAAUGAUGAUCUCUUGGAGCCGGUCGAUGCCAGAUCGGCCGGUCUGCUGGCACCCACCAAUCUCUCGCUGGAGAAUGAGCUGUUCAUCGAGUCAAGGUCGCGCAGUAACAGUCACACGAAAAUGGAAGAUGUCGGUCUGGCCGAACGCAUAUCAAUGCGCAAAACUUCCGGCUCCUUUGAGGAUCCCAGCAGCACACAUGGAGCCCCCGCAGCGGUUGUGGCCACAAGUUCCCUCAAGAAACGUGACCACUCGCAUUCAUCGCGACAACACAGCACCCACAGCUUGGAGCUGGAUGGCCGACCCUCGACCUCAGCGGCCGCAGCAGCGGCGGCUGCCGGUGGUACCCAUUCCACUUUGCAUUUACACAGUGCCGCGGCCGCCGCCACGGCAGCAUAUCAUUUUAAACGUGGCCGUGAACACGGACGUUCCCUCUACCUAUCGCCCAACAAUUUGGAGGAGGUCCAGGUCCAUCAUCGCCCAGCGGUGUUGGCAGCAGCCGCAGCCUUUGGCGGCACCAAUGCCAGUGCAGCGACCAGCAUCAAACAGGCCAAGGCGCUGCACAGUGCCAGCAUGCGGCUGCGUACCUAUCGUGAAUCGCUGAGUGCUACGAAAAAAUCGAAAAGCUUUAUUGGCGACAGUACCUACCCACCACCACUGGUUAGUGUGUCCAAUGAAUUUGUGGCCCUGACCUCACCCCACCGACGGAAUAGUGGUCGCGCCCUGGCCAGUGCCACUAGCUCAGGCGGAGCAGCCACACUGGAGGAAAUAAAACGUAGUCCCAGGCCGGUAUCGUUGGGCGCCUCCACCUCGCCGGCGGGGACAGUGACCACAGCAUUUAUGGAAGAGAAAAGGCCCUCGUUCGAAAGGAAGUCCUCCAUGACUUAUGAACUGGGAGAUGCCGCCUUUGAACAGGUUCUCAGGCCAUUUCAUCACAAGGCGGCCUCGGGCAUUGGAACACGUAAAUGAUGAAAACCAAAUUAACCACACAAACACAAUAAAAAUUCACCCCUCCUUCUCUCUAUUGCAGAUGAAGCCGACGACGAAGAGGAGGCCGAUCGCAAACGUAAACGCAUAGUCUGCAUCGUAAUGACGGUGUUUCUGUGUCUGGUCUGUGCCGCCGUUUUUGUGGUCAUCAUGACACUGACCCAUUCGUCGGGUCAGUCGCACUAUGGCACGCAUGGUCAUCAUGGCCUGACGAAAAAGAUCAACACCUAUAAUCGAGAUGUACCGGUACACUAUAAUGUUCGCCAAGAAAACGAACGUAUUAUGAAGGAAACAAUGGAUCGGGCUCGUUUUGGUAAGAAUUAUACGGAGGCGGCUUCUUCAUUGCUGGCGGCAACUACCUCAUCCUUGGUCUCAGCGGUGGCGGCGGGGGCAGCAGGUGGCCAACAACAGCAUCAGCAGCAGCUUCAUGGUGAGGCCGUAGCCUAUGCCCAGCCGUUAGUACAGGACCCGAAUGGACCGGCACUAAUGAUGCCGGCUCAAUACCAGGCGGAACAGCAGCUACAACAACAACAACACCAUAUGCCUCAUUUGCAGCAGAUUCCAUAA